AUGAAAGGAAUUGUUGAGUCCGUUGAUAGUGAAAAAAUUGUUGAUACGAUGACAACAGCUGUCGAUGAUCAUCAGUCUGAUAAUGUGAUUUGCAAUCAUACAGUGAAACGUACUGAUUACCUUUCCUGGGAAGAAUACUUUAUGGGUGUAGCACAUAUGGCUGCACUACGGAGUAAAGAUCCGGUAACGCAGGUUGGAGCCGUAAUUGUAAAUCAGGAUAAACGGAUUGUUGGUUCCGGAUACAACGGAAUGCCGACCGGUUGCUCAGACGAUAUACUACCAUGGGGCAAAAAUUCCGAGAAUUUCUUGGAAAAUAAAUCAGCCUAUGUAUGUCAUGCAGAAAUGAAUGCAAUAUUGAAUAAUAUUGUGGGUUCAAUUAAAGGUUCAACAAUUUACACUGUUCUAUUUCCAUGCAAUGAAUGUGCUAAACUUAUCAUACAGGCCGGUAUAAGUGAAGUAGUAUUUCAAAGAGAAAAGCCAAAGAAAAUGAGUACGAUUGCAUCAAAAAGGAUGUUUGAUAUGGCUGGGGUGCGUUAUCGACAGUUUUGUUCGAAUCGGAAGAUAUCAAUUGAUCUCAGUGGUGAUACCGCCUGUAAUAUUAUUACACCUUAG